AUGCUCCUUUCGGGCAGUAAAGGAAUGAAGGCAUCUCAUUUUGUUAGAGCAAAAAAAAUCAAUUUUUUCAAGUCUCUCAUAAAUUUGUUGCCAACAAAUGAAAUUAUUUUAAGCUACGGACGACAGAUAGUCUCGAAGUGUAUAGAGACAUUCGUGAGACAAGGCAUCAAGAUUCUUUCCACUUCUAGGAGGAACAUGGAAUGGGCGAGAACAAGUCAGUCGCUGAAGCAGGCGCAGCUGAAACCGCCAUGCUUCGUGAAGGUGGAGUCCAUCUCAGCUGACUACAGAGAUAAGCAGCACCAGAUAUGGUUCGUAACUGAAAAAUGCAGCGAGCACAUGUUGCUACUGGCAUGCGAUAAUAACCAAAAGUACAUUUCCAUCCCUCUUUGCCUCAAUCUUACUUUCAAACAAAAAUUUACCCAUGAUGUCAUCCUGUAG